AUCUGUCAAAGUCGUAAAAUCUGUCGAUUGGUGUUCCUUGCAUUGGAGUGUUCUGCAUUAAUUAGCUAAUUGUAGAAUUUUCUGUGUGAUUUGAUAUAAUUAUUGUUUAUAUUAGCGAAAAAUAUCCAUUAUGUCUCAAUUAAAAUCAAACAAAAAGUUCAAAUGGGCGUUGGACUUCAAUCAAAAGAAUCGGGCUUUAGCAACAGAGUUACCAUCGCCACCAGGUUACAGUCAAUCAGCUGCUUCAAGUUACACAGAAUCAUCAAAGGAUACAGACUCAAACUUGCUUUUAAUCAAGAAAUUGUGGGAUGUUGCACUCGGACCCCUGAAACAGGUGCCAAUGAACCUGUUCAUAAUGUACAUGGCUGGUAACUCCAUAUCAAUAUUCCCUAUCAUGAUGGUUGGUAUGCUGAUUGUUCGGCCAGUAAAAGCUCUGUUCUCCACACAAAGCACUUUCAAGAUGGUUGAAGGCACCCAAGCAGCUGGUCAGAAGUUUGUCUACUUCAUUGGAAAUGUGGUGAACAUAUUGCUAGCCCUAUAUAAAUGUCAAAGCAUGGGAUUGCUUCCUACUCACUCCAGUGACUGGCUAGCGUUUGAAGAACCUCUGACGAGAGUUGAACACAUUGGAGGUGGACUAUCUUUACUGUGAAUUAAAUAAAAGUAAUAUCAAUUUGUUGCUAAUUUUAUUUAUAGCAUUGUAUAGAGCUAAUAAAUUGUAUUUACACAAG